CGCAGGCGGGCGUACACACACCGGCAGAUUCUCUCAGCUUCCGCAUCGCUCUCUGUUCUCCAUCUCUCUGUUUCUCAAUCCCUCCCUAAUCUCUCCACUAGUGGAUUUUCACCCACUGAGGAACACCGCCAAAAUGUCUGACAAACCUGACAUGACUGAGAUUUCCCGCUUUGACAAGACAAAGCUGAAGAAGACAGAGACAAAAGAAAAAAACCCUCUGCCCACCAAAGAGACCAUUGAGCAAGAGAGGAAAGGCGAUGCCACACCUUGACUUCUGAGCACAUGAAGAAAAGAGGCUGAGAUGCCACAGCAAAAAGCACUUUGUUUUGAUUAUCCCAGUAUUUGAAUCUCUCAUAUUGUCUUCGUAUAAGGGUGCUCUUGAGCUCCCUGGGGUGCUGUAAGGGUAUAUGGCAUCCUCAAGGGGGCUCUCUACCACUAGGGUGGAAAACUUUAGCCUGGGUGUCUGUCUAGCACUGCUAGCCUAUAGCCAACAUGUCUCCUAUAUUGCCAAACUGGGGAGUGGUGUAGUGAUGUAGCAUACAGACAUAGGCAGGCAUCCAUGCUAGGGGGGGUGGGGGUUGUCGAGAGACAAGGGAGCAAUCAGAUGCUAAUCAUGUGGGAUGUUUUCAUAAUCAACUUUUUACUUUUCUUUAUGAAAUAAAUAUGAAGAAGUGAAACCAA